AUGGAACAGGGAGAAAAGAAGAGGAGUGUUUGGAAAGUAGCUAUUGGCAGUGCCUGUAUACCUUUGGAGGACCACGAGCAAAGUUCAGAGACUCCUCAAGAUGAUCCUCCCGGACCUCUUGCUACCAACGUUGUAGAGUUGUCCUCAUUGCUGAGGCAAGAAGUUAAGCCACCGCUGGUUCACGAUGAUAGUCAACCUCAAAUUUUUGAAGACACUUCUCGACGUCCUGAUAUCUAUGCAUCAAUAGGGAGAAGUGCAAGUGGUUCUCCUGUCUGCAACUACUGCGAGUUGAUUCAAUUUCAAAACAGAGGCGACUCGAGAACAUUCCUGCCUGCAACAGCAAAACGAGGAGUUUCUCAACAUCCUGAUACCAGUUCACGAGGAACGAGUUGCGCUAGUGUAGUGCCACUGUUAUCAGCAUCGACUCCCUGGCUUGACGGUAAUUCGCCUUCGCGUCAUGCUGGGUUUGAAGGGGGCCUUGGCGUUGGGGAUCUGCGUUCAUUGACAACGCGUUCGAUGAC